AGUUGUAGGGGAACUUUGAAACCCGGGAUAACUUGGCCAUAUUGACCAUUUCUUUCUCCUCCAGUCCUCCACCCAUUGCACACUCACUUUCCGUCGUCAACAUUUUUCGGAACUUCCCCUCGCCAGCUUCUUUCGCUUAUCAACACGAGAAAACACGAAAGUACUUGUUGCGUGUGGAACAGUAAUCCAACCCAGAAAACAUGCCGCUAUUUUGUCGCUUUUACAAGGAGAAAUAUCCCGAGGUGGAUGAGGUGGUGAUGGUUAACGUGAAACGUAUCGCAGAAAUGGGAGCGUACGUUCACCUACUCGAGCACAAUAAUAUUGAGGGCAUGAUAUUACUUUCGGAGCUUUCAAGAAGACGUAUUCGCAGUGUGAACAAACUGAUUCGUAUUGGAAAAACCGAACCGGUCGUCGUUAUCCGAGUUGACAAAGAAAAAGGUUACAUUGAUUUGUCCAAGCGUCGAGUGGCCGCGGAAGAUGUUGAAAAGUGUAAUGAACAAUUUUCAAAGGCAAAAGCUGUCAAUUCAAUCCUUCGCCAUGUAGCUGAUCUUUUAGGAUAUGAAACUGAUGCACAGUUGGAGGAGCUCUACAGUAAAACAGCGUGGCAUUUUGAAGAAAAAUAUAAAAAGAAGGCUUCAGCUUAUGAUGUAUUCAAACAGGCAGUUCAAGAACCUUCGAUUCUGGAUGAAUGUGGCCUUGACGAUCGAGCAAAGGAAAUGCUUUUGGAUAACAUUAAGCAAAAGUUAAUGUCUCAGGCAGUCAAGAUCCGAUCGGAUGUCGAAGUGUCCUGUUAUGCUUACGAAGGAAUCGAAGCUGUCAAAAAAGCACUGAGGGCUGGACUGGAAUGCUCAUCAAAUGACAUGUCUGUUAAAAUUAAUUUGAUUGCUCCUCCACUAUAUGUUGUCACUACAUCGACUCCGGAACGACAAGAAGGUAUCCAAUUACUGCAAAAAGCAAUUACUCGGAUUGAAGAGACAAUCAAAAGUCUCGGUGGGAGCUUCAAUGUUCAGAUGGCUCCAAAAGUUGUUACUGCGAUUGAUGACGCCCAACUGGCAAGCAUGAUGGAACGAUUAGACUUGGAGAAUCAAGACGUGUCUGGCGAUAGUGAUGAUAGUGAAGGAGAUGAAAAUGGUGACGAUGAAGAAAAAGUGACCACAAAGGAGAAUGGCGAUGAAAACUAGAUUUAGGUUUGUUAUUGCUAUCAUAAUAAUUUUUAUAUAAGUUCGUUAAAUAAACUUCCAAAUUUAUAACUUUCAA